AUGGGUGUAUAUGAAGAGUCAAAAGAACGAUUGGUUGGUUUGCAAAAUAAAUUACAACGCGUAUAUGAUGCCGGUGAAGCACUUGCAAAAGAUCAGUCGAAGACUGCGAGGUCAAAAUUCAAAAUAAUGUACGCAUCGUUAGAAAGCAUAUCUAACGAUUUUGAAACACAUCUAACAGUCGUUAUACGUCAACAGUGUAAAGGCGGCGCAAGCGGACCAGACGGAAUAGACACAGAAAAAGAACGGGCUAAUUUCGAAGAAAAAUAUAUUGGUUGUAAAAUCCUCGCAGAUGAGCAUUUACCAGAGUCAAUUACCGAAGCUUGUUUAAACCAAACGUUUAUGGAGAAAAAAGUUUCUCAGGUCAAUAUUCCGGUAGAAAAAUUGCCGGUACCUCACUUCAAUGGCGACCCAAAAGAAUAUACGAGUUUCCGCAACCAGUUCGAUGUACUAGUACAUAAUAAUGAAGAUUUUAGACUAGUCAUAAAGUUUUGUUAUUUAAAGGCGUACUUAGACGGUGAACCGUUGAAACUUAUAAAUAAUUUAAUGCUCAGUAAUGGAAAUUACGAACUCGCAUUGAAUAUUUUGGAUAAGCGAUAUUCAAAUAGGCGCACAAUAGUACAAGACCACUUCGACCUGCUUUGGAAAGCGCAGAAAGCCAUGAUGGGUGACUCAAAAUCAAUACGACAAUAUUAUUGA